CUGCGCAAAAAAACGAAACAAAAAUAAUUGUAUUUGAUUUUCCUUAAUGGAAAUGGAAGUGGGUUAUAAGCAAAUUAAAAAAAAAUAAUAUUGUUAAGAUCUUUUCCAGUAAUGACUGCGAGCUGACAGAGCCAAUUUAUGGGGAGAAAUUCAAUUUCAAAGCCUUGCAUUCCGAUAUUGCAAAGGUUGUGAAAGGCGGCAAGGACGACACGUUCGAGUACAAUAUAUGUGGCAGCUUAAGCCGUGCAUGUAAUGGUGUAAACAAUGCGUCUGCUUGUCUUAGGAGAGGCAAUCAGGAGUAUGUGCUCGGCACUCAACACCAAUUGAAUUAUCGGCGUGGCAAAAUGUACUUCGAAUUCAGUAAUGGAGCCAAGUGUCCCAGCGGCGAUGGCGAAUUUAAAUUAUUUGUCUUCCUUAGCUGUGACUACACAUUGGAUGCCGAACAAUCGAAAGUGACAUCAUAUUCUGCCGAUGCGUGUAAAUUCUAUAUAUCAUUAGAGACACCAUAUGCCUGUUUGCCUGAACCCGAAACGGUUAAAUCGAAUGGUUGCAGUGUGCAGGACUCCGUUACUGGACACAAUUAUGAUUUGCUGUCGUUGAGCGACUUUAACUAUGGAACAAGUGAUCGACAUGGCAAUGUAUUUAUGGUGAACAUUUGCAAACCGGUGCUGUAUGGAGAGAAUGCAAUGUGCCCCAAAGGGAGUAGUGUUUGUUUAGUAAAAUUAAAUUCAACCGACUACAAACAACGGUUUUUUGACUAUGGGACCGUGCAACCUAAUCCUAUAUUAGAAAAUGGCUAUUUGCUUAUGCGCCUUCCAUCUCCGACACCUUAUAAUGAGACGCAUAAUCACUCCUCAACUAUACAUUUUAUAUGUGAUAAUGAGAUAAAGAGUUCUCAAUUGUCAUUUAUUGGUGCCAAAGAGAACGUGUAUGAAUUUUCGUUUACCACUCCUUUGGCAUGUAAUAACAAUCCACCAUGCACUACGAUAACCCAUGGAAAUGAAGUUUUGGAUAUGCGACCGCUGCAGGGUACAACAUACGAGUUGUCGAUGCCUUCAAAAAAUUAUACGUUCGGCAUCUGUACGAAUGCGGGUCAUUCGUGCUUGUCAAAUGAUGGCUCUUGUCUCGUCGAGAACCAACAGACCACCAGUAUGGGCAAAAGCAAUUCACAACUACGUUCCAAUCGCUCCGGCUCACCGUAUUUGCUGUACACCGAUGGAGCACUUUGUGAUGGCCAAAAUAAGUGGUCGACAAGAAUUGAGUUUGUCUGUGCCAACAAUGCUACCAAAGACAAUGGGACUGCGAACGGUAGCGCUAACGGCAACACCAGCAAUGCAUUGGGUCCGAAAAUAAUCGAAAAUAAAAAUUGCCAACUACUAAUUCACUUUCAAACACCAUUGGCUUGUCAUGAGCAGAUUGCCUGCAAAGUCAAAGUCUACGUUGAGCAUUCGGAGGACGGCACCGGCGAGGAGGUGGUCGAUUUGACGCCAUUAAUAAGUGCAACCGACAACUAUGAAGCUGAAAUUAAUAACGCAUCGAUAACGGAACAACAAGUGCCUAAAUCGACCAAGUUUUUCCUCAAUGUCUGCCGUCCAUUGGUGCCGAAAUUCGGCUUAGGUUGUACGGGUGGCUCGGCAGCUUGCAUGGCUAAGGUGGAUUCAUCGUCAGCAACACCCGAGGAGGAGAAGAGUCUUGGUUUCCCAAUGGCCUCAUUGGUUGCCUACAAUCGCACCGUCGCGGAAUUACGUUACCUACGCGGCAGCACUUGCCCCACCGAUAGCAAAUCGGAACUCUCCUCCAGCAUUAAAUUCAACUGUGAUAUGCGCGCUGGUCUGGGUAAACCAAUUCUACAGAACAUUUCGGAUUGUCAUUACGAAUUCCAGUGGACGACAAACGUCAUAUGUCCCUCACAUAUGUGCACUUUUAAUGAGGAGACAUGCGAAAUAAUUAACGACGAUAUUAAUUUCAAUUACGAACUAAAAAAGGCGCCUUUCACCGACGCUGGUCAAAUAAAGAUUCUCAGCGGUAAAGAUGCUUUUACACUCAACAUUUGUGGAAAUCAUCGCAAAGCAGAAACUGAUUACUCACAGGGUUUGGUGAAUUUAUUCUUCACUACAGAAGCGCCAUGCGGCACCUCAAAUGUUCAGCUGCGCCUAAUUUGUAGUGGUGACACCAAGCGCAUAAUCAACUAUGACAAUGCGAGCAAGGAAUGCAACUUGGUUGUGCACCAGAGCACGCCGGAUAUCUGCAAAUUCCUUAGACUAGCAGUGCCGCCGCCAACGGCGAACGACUCUGGCGAUAGCAGCACUGUUGCAACGCCAACAACAACUACAACGAGCAGCACAGCAGCACCAGCAGGCGGCGUAGAUAAUGGCGGCGCACAUCCUGCCGAGCAAACUGGCUCCAUUGGAGCUAUAUUGGCCGCUAUAUUAUCGUUGACUUGCUUCGUCGCUUGCCUUGGUGUGUUUGCUUUUUCGCCGGAGCGCCGGAACAGCGUGAGGCGCUUGUUUAGACGCACUACGUCGGCGGUGCGUUAUUCCAGGGUUCAAUCUAAUGAGGAAGCUAACCUGUUGCUCGAUACAAAUGGCGAAUUCACGGAUAGUGAUGAUGAACUACUGCUCUAGAGCAAAUUUGAAACACUACUUUACAUAAACACAACAAGGAUUUCAGAAAACUCACUACAAUACUGUACACUUUGAAAAAAGUCGAAAACUAUUUUUAAUAACAACAAUUAAUAAUGUUACAUAUAUGCAUUUUAAAAGCUUAAGAAAAUUAUUGUACUGAGAACAUUAUGAGCUAAAAAUCUGAAAUAUUCAAUGCGAGCUUCUUUUUGCCACAUAAACCUCAAGCCAGAAAGAAGAAGUGAACAUAAAUCAAAAAAGAAAACCUAAAUAAACACCAAAGAGGAAAUAUAAAACAACAAAACAUUAAUAAAUAAAUAAAGAUAUAAAUAAAAUUAUAAAUAAUAAUAAACAGCAAUUCUAAAUUAGAUCGAAGCAAAUAUGUUAUUGUAUGAGAGAAAUUUUUAAGAAUUUUUUAAACUUAUAAUGUAAUACACACACAUAAAAACAUAAAAGAAAUAUUUUAAAAACAAAACUUGAAUAAGUAUUUAUGAAUUGUAAAUGCGCAACUUGUAAUGGAAAUGGAAGAUAGAUCUUUUUAGUGUGUAUAGAUGUCAUGAAUAUUCUUAAAAUUAUAUAUAUAUAUAUAUAUAGAAUAUUCUUCAAAUGAAGGCAUACAAUUAUAUUUUUGUAUGUAUGUAAAAGUGAAGUGACGAUAGAAACAAGCAAGAAACUAAAAGCUAUAUUUUUUCAAAAAUUCAACCUGUUGUAAUUGUAUACCAUUGCAUUUUAUAUAAGUAUUUCGGUAAAACAAAAAAUAUAUAUAUUAAAGACAACACAAAUGCUUUAAGCGCGUUAUGGCAUACAUGCUUCAUAUAAACGUAUGUAUGUAUGCAGUGAAGUCAGGCGCUUAGGCUUCUUCAAAUACCCACUGCAAUACGAUCCUAAGAUCUUCAUAAAAACCUUGAUACUAUAUAUACCUAAAUAUAUGUAAACAGCUUUAAUUGUGAUUGCAACGCACACACAUACAUACAUACGUACAUAUACGUAGCCACAACAAAGUGUGUUGCCACCUUUUAGUCAAGUUUUGUAAUGCUUAAACAACUGUGUACGUGUGUUUAAGCACAUAUUUAUUCCUACUUUUCUAUUUAAUAAUAUUCAAUAUUUCUGUCUUUAUUGGCGCUAUGUACUUAAAUAUAGCUAGUAAUCCAUAUUAAGCUCUCAUUUGAAUAUGAAUAAAAUUAUGUGCAUAUAUAUGAA